AUGAAUUCGCUGCUCUCUUGCUGCAAGCUCUACAUCUCUGAAAGCCGAAACCACGCGUCCUUGGAAUCAAUCGAGAGAGCUGUGAAGCUCUUCCCGGAGGUCAUUAUUGUGAACAAGUUCAGGGACGAUGCCUACAACCGGGUGGGGUAUACUCUCGUCUCCCAUCUCCCUGCGGAGGCCGCAUCUGAUGCUAAUCCUCUGAGGAAUGCUGUGUUUGAGAUGGUCAAAGAAGCCUUCAGAACCAUCAAUCUCCAGGUGCACAGUGGAACCCAUCCUCGUCUGGGGGUUGUGGAUCACAUCUGCUUCCACCCCUUGUCUCCGGCUUCCCUAGACCGGGUUGCUUCGGUGACCAGGUCUGUGGCAGUUGAUAUUGGUAAAAAUCUUGAAGGUGGGCAAAACCCUACUUGAGAACCCGUUUUAAGGCAAUCACUGUAACUGUUGGAAAAUCUCACCAUCUCGAAUGAAACAAUUAAAUCAUGUGAUUAAAAUCUAUAGGUCAACUCAAUUAAUUUAAGGGAAUCCCUCUUUAAGGAGCAGCUGUAGACUCUCAAUAUCUAAUCAUGGCAAUAUCUUGAAUGGGAUGAUUAAAUCAUGUGAUUAGCAUGCAUGGGUCAACUCUACUCACUGGCAAUUAAUUCUGAACGUGAGCAUUGAUAGUAUGCAUUGGAUUAUGAUUGGGACUGGCCUUUCAAUGAGACUGUUAGAUCAUGGGUGAAUAUUGAAUAUAUACACUUACACUAGUCAACUCCAGUUAUGACCUUUUAGUUUUUUUCUAUUUUAAGUCUUUUCUAUACUUGAUUAAUCAUGUUAUUACUGGAGAUAUGUGGUGGGUAAUACUACAUGAACGUUGUAGCCCUUGCUGGUAUUGUGGUUUUUGCCAAGUUCCUUGAUGCAGAUUAAACUAUAGCUUGCCUGAUUCGCCUGAUCUACCCUGAUCUUUGGGAACUAGAAGCUGAUCAUGCUCAUUAGUUAGAGUCAGGCUAAUAUGAUGUGAUAUUAUAUGCUUAUUUACCUUUAGAUAAAUAAAUAAAUAGAUAAUAUUGCCACAAUUCAUCUCAUUUUUGGCUUCCUAAUCGUCUCUAAAAUGGUUUCUCUUUCUGCAGUACCCACGUUCCUAUAUGGCGCGGCACAUAAGGAAGGAAGGACUCUGGACUCACUCAGACGAGACUUAGGUUACUUCAAGCCCAAUUCAUUAGGCAACCAGUGGGUGGGAGCGCUAGAACUGCAGCCGUUGACUCCAAAGCCCGAUGUGGGGCCCGACAAAGCCCCAAAGUCAAAGGGCGUUUUGGUGAUCGGAGCCACAAGAUGGGUGGACAACUAUAAUGUGCCCAUCCAGUCCACAGACAUUGGGGCCAUCAGAAGGAUCGCCAGGUUGGUAAGCGGAAGAGGAGGUGGGCUUGAGUCAGUCCAAGCCAUGGCUUUGGUCCACAGUGAGAAUUCAACAGAAGUGGCCUGCAAUUUGCUUGACCCAGAAAGGGUCAACGCCAAUCAAGUCCAGAGCAUGGUCGAGGAGCUUGCUGCAAGAGAGGGGUUGACCACUGGGAAGGGUUAUUUCACUGACUUUUCACGGGAGAGGAUCAUCGAGAGUUACUUGACUCAGAGGGGCUUAGUCUGA